UUCACCUUCGAGUUUGAGAGUAGGACUUAAUCCCUACAUUGUCCGCCUCUGAGAAUUUAAAAGAUGAAGGCAAUUCUCCCAGAAUACUUGGACGCCAUGACAGGAAGUUACAGUCAAACAGGAUAGAAUAUGGUGGCGGCAACUGCAGCAGCAGCUUCUGGAGCCCCCGAGCUCCUCCUCCGGUACAGGCACUCCUCCUCUUCCGGGCCUGCAGACAACUUCAUGGGCUCCAGAACAGUUGCCAUCCACAUCCCAUUUUACUUCUCUUCCACGAGGGCCAAAGGGUCUUUCCCCAUCCUAGCUCUUGACCCUCGCAGACAACAAGAAGAAGAAAAAGAAGAGAAUUCAAGCAUCGUUAACAACACCACCGGUUUCAACUCUCAGAACGAUUUGGAAUAUCUGGGGAAGGUGCUAGCUGGUUCUAUUGUGGGUGGAGCUGGAAUAAAGUAUGGCAGCAUAGUUUUUCCUGAGAUAACCAGACCCAACAUCAUACUGGCCCUUAUCAUGAUAUUUACUCCUGUCAUUAUAGCUACUUUACUUCUGAUCAAGCAAAGUCGUGCAAAUGAAUGAAGCUAUGUACGUGGUCCAAAAGAUUUCUUCAUCUUCUCUUUGUAUAUAACAAAGAAGUGAUCCUUUUAAAGUUUACUCGAUUGAAGAGAAUGUAUAAGCAAACAGAGUUCUGUGAAAGAGUUGCCAUUUUGCCAAUGGUUGUAGAAUAACUGAGAUGUGCUUUAAGAUGCACGAGGUGACUAGAGAAUGUAUUGUUUCUCAUUCGUCUGACUUUCAUUAUUAUUUUGGGUUU